AUGAUAGAUUCAGACAGAAUAACCCUUGAUUAAAUUUAUGGAUGUAAUUUCAAAAGGGUGCCAUUACUUUAUGGAGAAAUGGAAGGAACUAAUCCAUUUCAAAUUAAUGAGGCUGACGAAGAUUUGGAUUCAGAUAAAUAAAUACCUGACUAACCGAAGCAAAUAUCGCCAACUUUGUAAAAAGCUUAAUUGAAACCAUUAAUAAAGACAAGGCAGAGAUAGUAGACUGUUCACAAAUCACCUGUUCAUAUGGGUUAAUUCGAGAAGCAUAUUGGAUUUCGAAAUUCCUUCUACAAGAAUAAUAAUAAAAUCAAUUUGGCUUCAAGAUAGAGGGUUGAGGAGGUGAAAAAUCAAGAAAUUGGAAUGUUUACUAAAUAUGCUUAAAGGUUUCAUCUGUAAAAGUUAUAAAUUUGGAAUUGA